UCUCCCCUCUCUUUCUGUUUUCCCUUUCCUUUCUCCUCUUCCUCGCCUUGCCGCUCGCCGAGGGACGGUGGAGAGGGACGAGGGCCGAAGAAGAGGGAGCAGAAGCAGAAAGAUUAAUUCCAAAAGGCAUUGCAUUUUUCAAAAUGUCGGACGUUGACAACUGGAUUGAAAUAGCUAAACAGUGCAAAUAUUUGCCAGAGAAUGAUCUAAAGAAAUUAUGUGAUCUUGUGAGUGAUCUUCUUUUGGAGGAGUCUAACAUCCAACCUGUGUCGACGCCUGUCACAGUUUGCGGUGAUAUUCAUGGCCAGUUUUACGAUCUUGAAGAACUCUUUCGGAAUGGUGGGCAAGUUCCAGACACCAAUUACAUCUUUAUGGGUGAUUUUGUUGAUAGAGGUUACUAUAGUUUGGAAACAUUUACUCGCUUACUUACCUUGAAAGCUAAAUGGCCAGACCGCAUUACUUUAUUGAGAGGCAACCAUGAGUCUCGCCAAAUCACUCAAGUUUAUGGAUUUUAUGAUGAAUGCCAAACCAAAUAUGGAAAUGCCAACGCCUGGAGAUAUUGCUGUCGGGUUUUUGAUCUUCUGACCAUAGCUGCACUAAUUGAUGAGCAGGUGCUGUGUGUGCAUGGUGGGUUAUCCCCAGAUAUUAGAACUCUUGACCAAAUACGAAGCAUUGAUCGCAAUCAAGAAAUACCUCACAAAGGUGCUUUCUGUGAUCUUGUAUGGUCAGAUCCAGAGGAUGUGGAAACAUGGAGUGUUAGUCCACGAGGUGCUGGUUGGUUGUUUGGAGCUAAGGUAACUCAUGAGUUCAUGAAACUCAACAACUUGCAGCUUAUAUGUAGAGCACAUCAACUAGUUCAUGAAGGUAUUAAGUACACGUUUGACGACAAGCUUGUAACAGUUUGGUCAGCUCCUAACUACUGUUAUCGUUGUGGAAAUGUGGCGUCAAUUCUGGAAUUUAAAAGCAUUGACUGCAGGGAAGCCAAAAUAUUUAUUGCUGUGCCUGACUGUGCAAGAGUUAUACCACCAAGAACCUCAACUCCGUAUUUUCUGUGAUAUUUGCUGGGCAGGGUGCCUUAGGCUGACUGCUUUAGUAUUACUAUCAUCAAAUUGCCUGAGUAUGUAAGUGAAUGUUUGUCAUUUUUUUUUUUAUUUGUUUUGGAAUGAAUGUGGAAUGGUGCAGAUGAUGUGUAUAGUAUUCCUCCAUCUAUUUAUCUCAAUGGUAAAUGGAAAUUUUUAUUGGAAAAUUUUAAAUGUUAUGAAUUAUUUUUUCUUAAUAGUAUUGUGAUUGAUACUUUUUACUGCCAAGCAGAUGUGUUGUUAAUGUCAAUAUCUUUCAAAGCACAUGCAUGUGGAAGUUCAACAAGGACCAGGGAAGGGCACACUAGUGCCUCUGUGAUGUAGGUUACAGGUUUUGUAUUUUCUAUCUGUUUUUGUUGAAUGACAAGCAGAAUGGAUUUUAGACAAUACUUACUAAUUUGAAAUUGAGUGAUAACUUAGCACUAGUCUGUUAAGGUUUGACCCUGUAAUUUACAUGCAGUAUGGCACGCAUAUUCUACAGAUGUUUGUUUAUCUUGCUGCCAGUACAAGCCUUGCUGAUCCACUUUUCUGAUAAAUGUAACUAAUUUCAAAUGGAACUAAUUGGAGAAUGAUUAAAAUCUGUCACCGUUAAA